GCUCGGCUGCGGCCGGACCUCGCUCGGGCCGCUGGAGUCAAAGCACGAAGGUGAAGGCAGCCUCCGAAGACGUAUCCCUCCGCGCCGCCGUGUCCCUCCGCUGCCGGGGCGCCCACUUGCAGGAGACGCUUCUCUUCUUCCUCCUCCUGGAAGCCGGCUGACUCGGGGGAAGACAAAGGGCUCUCCUCGGAGCGAAAGGGCCUGGGUCGGGGCUCCGCCGCAGAGGGCCGUGACGCGAGCGGAGACUAUCGUUCCGCCGCAGGGAAGGCCUCCCUCCCGGCGCCAAGGGGCCUGGGACUCUUUCUUUCUUGCGGGGCUCGGCGGAGGGAUCUCGAGGUAGCGGCCUCCGCACCGUUCGCCCUUCGCCGCCGCCAUCUUGGAUUUUAAUCCGCCAUUUUUUCCCCCUUGGAAUUAUUAUUAUUAUUUUUUAUGAUUCAUUUUCCCCCCCUCCCGCCUCUGGCCGGAAUCCUGGGCGGCGGAGGCAGAGGCAGAAGCAGCGGCUCGGGACAGAAAGGGUUGCGGGCGGCGAAGAGGACCGAGGGGCCCGCGGCGAGGCAGAGGAAACUGAACUACAAUUAACUUCUUAAAGUCUUUAGAAGAAGGACUAAAUGCAACGGGGACAAAUUGUCUGUGGGAAUGAAGUGGUUGGGAGAAUCCAAGAACAUGGUAGUGAAUGGCCGGAGAAAUGGAAGCAGGUUAUCUAAUGAGCACCAUCAGAAUCAGUCUAAAUUACAGCAUCCUGGAAAAGAAAAUCCAAAGACUGGCAGAAAUGGAGUUGAGAGACGGUCAAGCAGAUGUAGUGGUGGUUCGGGAUUUGAGGGCCAAAGUCGCUACGUGCCUUCCUCUGGAAUGUCUGCCAAGGAGCUGUGUGAAAAUGAUGACCUAGCAACUAGUUUGGUUCUUGAUCCAUAUUUAGGUUUUCAAACACAUAAAAUGAACACUAGACUGGGAUCCCAUUUCCAAGAUACUUCAAUGCAUAUGCAAAUACAGAUACUCCAAAAAUCAAAACAUCCCAGGCAUUUCAGGUUUCGGCCAAUCAAGGGAAGGCAAGAAGAACUGAAGGAGGUAAUUGAACGUUUUAAAAAAGAUGAGCACUUGGAAAAGGCCUUCAAGUCCUUGACGGCAGGUGACUGGGCCCGGCACUAUUUUCUUAACAAGAACAAAAUGCAGGAAAGGUUGUUCAAGGAACAUGUAUUUAUUUAUUUGCGAAUGUUUGCAACUGAUAGUGGAUUUGAAAUAUUACCAUGCAAUCGAUACUCAUCAGAGCAAAAUGGAGCCAAAAUUGUUGCAACAAAGGAGUGGAAACGUAAUGACAAAAUAGAGUUGCUGGUUGGAUGCAUUGCUGAACUCUCUGAACUAGAAGAGAACAUGCUACUCAGACAUGGAGAGAAUGACUUUAGUGUCAUGUAUUCAACCCGAAAAAACUGUGCUCAGCUAUGGCUUGGUCCAGCUGCAUUCAUCAACCAUGAUUGCAGACCCAACUGUAAGUUCGUGUCAACUGGUCGGGAUACAGCAUGUGUAAAAGCUCUACGAGAUAUUGAACCUGGAGAAGAAAUUUCUUGUUACUAUGGGGAUGGGUUUUUUGGAGAAAACAAUGAAUUCUGUGAAUGCUACACAUGUGAAAGACGUGGAACUGGUGCUUUUAAAUCAAGAGUGGGGCUUCCUGUUCCUGCUCCUGUGAUCAAUAGCAAAUAUGGACUUAGAGAAACAGACAAGCGUUUAAACAGGCUGAAAAAAUUGGGUGACAGCAGCAAAAACUCAGAUAGCCAGUCUGUAAGCUCCAACACUGAUGCAGAUACCACUCAGGAAAAAGUUCAUGCAACUACACGCAAAUCUUCAAUGGGUGUAAAAAAGAACAGCAAAAGUAGAACAUUAACAAGGCAGUCUAUUUCAAGAAUUCCAACUUCAUCAAAUUCUACCUCAUCAAAACUAACUCAUCUAAAUAAUUCCAGGGUACCAAAGAGACUGAAAAAGCCUGCAAAGCCUUUACUUUCAAAGAUAAAGUUGCGGAACCAGUGCAAAAGGCCAGAGCAGAGAAAUGCAUCCAGGAAACUCGAAGUGGGAAACUUGGUUCUGAAAGAGCCCAAAAUAGUCCUGUAUAAAAACUUGCCCAUUAAGAAGGAAAAAGAUACAGAGGGACCAGCAAAAGUGGCCAUCUCUAGUGGUUGCUUAACUAGACAUGCAGCACGAGAAUACAAACUAAAUUCGGGGAAAGGUGCUCAUGAACCUGGGGAGGUAUCACCCUGUACAUAUAUAACAAGGAGGUCAUUGAGAACACGAAUGAAUCUAAAGGAGACCUCUGACUCAAAGCUUGAACCAAAUAUGCUGAAUAGCUAUAAAAACAGUUUGAUUGGCAUGCGAACUAAUGGCUUGGAGCAACAGUCUUGUGUGAUGCAGGAAAAUGAGCAGGCUCUUGUUACAUCACAUAACAAGGGGGAGGGUAAGUGUCCGAAGAACGACAGGGUUGCGGCCAAAAAGAAAUCUCGACAAGGGAGACUAGUGAAGACAUCUAUGAAAAUGGAGGAAACUGAUCCUGUACAUAACUUACCUAGCAAUGACACCAUGCCAGAUUUGAUCAGUUCCCAUUCUGACCUAGGAGAGAUUAACAAUGUUGUGGAUUCAGCCAUUGGCUAUAACGACUGCAUCCCUGUGUCGGGUGGCUGUUCCAUUGUAACUUCAGACACUUUCAAAGUAAAGAAUCGCUUUAGAACUGCAAAAAGCAAAAAGAAAAGGCGAAUCACAAGGUAUGAUGCACAGUUAAUUCUUGAAAACAGCUCUGGGAUCCCCAAACUGACUCUGCGAAGGCGGCAUGAUAGCAACAGCAAGACAAAUGACCAAGAAAAUGAUGGAAUGAAUACUUCAAAAAUAAGCAUCAAGCUAAGUAAAGACCAUGAAAAUGACAAUAACUUAUAUGUAGCAAAGCUUAAUAAUGGAUUUAACUCAGGAUCAAGUAGUAGUUCAACAAAAUUAAAAAUACAGCUAAAACGAGAAGAAGAAAACAGGGGGACAUACUCUGGUGACCUCCAUGAGAAUGGGGUGUGUUGCAAUGAAUCUCUGUCUCUGUUGGAGUCACGAGUGGAAGUGGAUGAUUAUAGCCAGUAUGAAGAAGAAACUGUGGAUGAUUCUUCAUCUGCAGAGGAGGAGGAGGAGGAGGAAGAUGAUGAAUAUGAGGAUGAUUUUGAAGAUGAUUUUAUUCCUCUUCCUCCAGCUAAGCGAUUAAGGCUUAUAGUUGGCAAAGAUUCAAUAGACAUUGAUAUUUCUUCCAGGAGGAGAGAAGAUCAGUCUUUAAGGCUCAAUGCAUAAGCUUACAGGUCUUAAACUGAAUAGGAUGUCCAUUUUUUUAAAGAAAAACAAAACAAAAAAUUCCAGUCAAUUAUUCCUCAGCUGAUGAACUUUCUGAAAAUGUUAGUGGAAGCACUUCUUUAUUGUUUAUUCACUUAUAUCAACAUAAUAUUGUAGAUAGUGUACAGCAUACUGACUCCUUAAGUCAUUUGUGCAGAUUUUUAUUGUACUUUUUAAUAGCCUUCUUAUGUGCAAUUCUGAGUUAGAGAAAAUGCUCUAUUGUAAAAUAAAGGCUCAAGCAAAAUUACAAACCCGCCAUCAGAUUUUUCCAUGCAGGAUAAUGAAAUCACAAUAAUGAGGCUACAUAAUAAUUUUUAAUCUGUGAGAGCAUUAUUUUGCUCAUAUAUCUGACUAAACAAUCUAAAAAAAUCAUAGUCAUGAUCUAUUAAGAUUUUCUAGUAUGUUAAUAUCACCAGCAAUGAACUACAGCUUUUUGGUUUAUUUGCUAGAUGUUUUUCCCCCUUGAAGUUUGUCAGUUUUAACACUGUAUGCUGUCCCCAGACGUACUGUUUGUGGCCUUUGUUAUAGUAGCAAACCGUUGGUUUGAAGUCAAAUUGAUUUCUUAAAAAAGGUGUUGACAGUUUGCUGACUUUUAGUACAUUAUAUGUACAAGGGUAGCAGUAUGCAGAAUACAAGUUUGGAUAUGGUGUAUUUAUUUCUUGUUGAUGUAAAUUAAACACCUUGUAUUUAACACUUUUUCGAUACUUUUAGAUAAAAUUGUUCUUUGCAAGAAUGAUUGGUGCUUAUUUUUUCAAGAACUUGCUGUGAAACAACGUGAUUACAACAGUCAACGUUUAUCCAAUGAACUACAGCUGUCCUAAUUGGAUCUUCAUAGUUUUCUGUUGCACUUGUAAAAUGCUACAAGGAAUUUAAAGAAACCUAUUCACUUUAACUUAUGAUAGUUUUAUGAAAUUUAAAGGAAAAACCUAAGUCACAGCUUUUGUUCUGUGGUAAUCUAUAAAAAUGUUUUGUCUUUUGAGAUCCAGUGUAAAGGACUGAAAAUUGUAUAUGUUGUAAAUAUUUGUGUGUUGUGAGAAAUUUUGUCAUAAAAAAUUGAUAACUUACUGGAAGGGUUUUUAAGUUUAGAAAAAUACAUUCAUGCCAAUAAAUAGGACAUUAUAAACCUAGAUUUAAACUCUGACCAGUGGACUUUUUAAAGACUUUUAUUUAGUUUGCAUUUUGAGAUUUCAGGAAUUUUAUGUGCACUUUUUUUUUAAAAGGACGCAUCAUUUUUUUAGAGCUAGAGUGCAGAAUAGUUGAAGAAGAAGAAAUUAAGACUAUAAAUUAACCCAUUAUUUGAGCACACAUCUCAAAUGGUUUUAGUUAGACAUAUAAUCAGGUCUGUUCCUAGUUUGCAAUUUUGUGCACAUAAUUUUGCACAUAAUCUUAUAAUAGGCUACAGAAUUCCUCAGAACUUUUAGGUUUGCUUUCUAUCAGUUUCUAGUCCACAUAAUAGUGGGUGUAUGUUUACAGGCAGUUGUUCCCAUUCCAUGGAUCUGUGUGUGCUUGGUUGGGGCCAUCGGCUGAUACGAAAAGAGGAGCUCUUUGAAUUGAGGAAAUUGUGUUCAUCUGUUAAAUGCCCUGUAGUCACAAGUUACUGCUGGAUUCAAGAAAGUGCCAGGAGUUGUGAAUUGGCCCUUCUGAGUGCUAGACAAUUCUAUCCAUGCCUAUUUGCUUCUCUUCACUAUAGGGAAAACCAUACCCUGGACUUUCUUGCUGUAGUAUAAGGCUUCUUAUGUCAUUCCCCAACUGUUUUCAAAGGAAACAAACGAUAGCUUCCUUACUGCCAAGUAACAUGAGGGCCCAGCCUUGGCAGUAAGUAAAAGAUUGCAAAAGAAAAGGAGGGAGAAGAGAAUAUGGCAACACCUUUAAGACUAGCAAGUUUUUAUUUUAGUGUGCGCUUUAGCUGCAGUACAGAGUGAGAUUGUAGUCUCAGGUUAUAAAACAUAUUAAUACAGUUUUGUAAGUGGAAAUCAUGCCUCUUGCCCUAAAUUAUCCAAGGAUUAGGUGAGGUGAUACAGGUUUUAAAGUAUAAUCUCUAUAACCUGAGCUUUUUAUAUCACUCUGUUCUGGAUCUAAAUAAGUGGGUUUAUAUCUACACAAGCUCAUGCUAAAAUAAAAACCAGUUAGUUUUAAAGGUACGACCACAUUCCUCCCCCCCCCCCUUCCCUUUUUAUGCUGCAAAAGGAGCCUGACACAGCUCCUCUUUGAAAACAAUAAUGCAAAGCAAGUUAUUGGUUGAGUGCUCUUGGAGACAUUGCACAAAUGUGCAUGGCCUGCUUAACCCUAAUCUGGAAAACUAUUGAAACUGCACAGUAUAAUUUUGUGAAGCACAAGCAUUAACUCUUGUAGGGCUUACUCUUGAGACCUCUUCCUCUUUCAUGUGACAAACCUCAAAUAUCAGAAGCAUUUGCUAAACAGGAACCGUUCUUGGCCACUUUUGAGGCAUUUCAGAACCUAGCCGUUAAAUAUUGUUUAAUGGGUUUGGGAAGAACUUGGUUUAAUCCUUGGGGAUGAUUGAACAGCAAUGUUUUCAGAUACCCUGGAAUUAACCCUAAGAAGUCACUGUAUAUUGAAGGCGGAACUGCUCCUUAAUAAUGCCAGAGAAGAUAAAUUUCAUGCAAAACUUCACCAAUUCCAAUGGCAAUGUUUGGGAUUUGCCUUGGAGACCUGAGAAUGUUGUCAUUGAUUCAUUAGCAAGGUGUGAAAUGCAGAAAUUUGAUUUCUUUGGAUACAUUUCAGUUACUGUUCUGUUUCAAAAUUUGUUUCAGUUCUAUUAAAAAUAGAAUGAUGGAACUGAAAUGAGUUUCUGGCAUUUUUUCUUUCCCCCAGUAUAUUUUGUCACACACACAUUUUAAAUGCAAUAAUAUAAUUGAGUUGUAUCUGCAAUAUGGAUAACGGGUAAAUAUAGCUAAUAUUGAUGAUGUUUAAAAGGUUUUUCUUCAGUUUUUUUCAGUAAGCUAUUGGUAUUAAAUAGCUCUAACCCUUGCUCCGAGCUGUAUCCAGUAUAUGAAAUGGAAAGUUCAAAAAUGUAUUUCAAGAGAAUUGGUGUACACAGUGAUCAAUUAUUAUUUGUGCCAAAAAUUAUUUGAAAUAAAUGGGACCAAUGGGGAAAAUUUGGAUUCAUUAAAUACUGAACUGGCUCUGAACAAGUUUUUCCAUAAUCAUGCUUAUCUUUGUGAAAAUUCAAAUUUAUUUGUAAAAUGUUGAGGUCACCAAGCUCUGUGUAAGUGAAAACUUCAUAGUUUUUGUUUUCAGCUUGAAUUUGUGAGCUGAAUUCUUGGGGGGGGGGGGGGGAAUACACCUUGUGAAGUGCAGCAUUGAAGGAAUCUUUUUAAAAUAUGUUGUCUUAUUGUUUAUCUGAAUAGCCCAGUUCGCAGCCAGAAUUGAGUUCAUUAGAAAUGAAUGGUAAUAUUAUUUCUAUAGAACUGUUGUAAUAUGGAUUUAUGUUGUGGACCAUUCAAAAAAUCAAGCCAAACAAACAGAAUUUUGACCAUGGAGUUCAAUUGCAAUCUCCAUCUGAAGAAACGGCUGAAGCAGCUUUGCUUAUACAGUAGAGUCUCGCUUAUCCAAUGUAAACGGGCAGGCAGAAUGUUGGAUAAGUGAAUAUGUUGGAUAAUAAGGAGGGAUAAAGGAAAAGCCUAUUAAACGUCAAAUUUCGUUAUGAUUUUACAAAUUUAGCUUCAAAACAUGUUUUACAACAAAUCAACAGUAAAGGCAGUUCAAUACAUGGUAAUGUUAUGUAGUAAUUACUGUAAAAAAACUUGCCAUACUCUGUGCCCUCUGACACAGCGCAGAGAGAAGCCAGUUGCAUUGCAACGUGCAGUGGGCCUCUCGCCCCUCCUGGCAAGCACCUGGCAAACAGAAAAGUCCACUGCAUGUUGCUGCCUAGAGACGUUUCUCUAGGCAGCAACAUGCAGUGGGCCUCUCCCCUCCCAGCGAGCGCCCGGCAAGUGGAGAAGCCUGCUGCGUGUUGCUGCCCAGAGAGGUUUCUCUAGGCAGCAACAUGCAGUGGACCUCCCUGGCGAGUGCCCCGGCGUUGCAGCGUUCCUUAGGCAGCAACACGCAGUGGGCCUGUCUGCACUUGCCGGGAGGGGCGAGACACGGCUGGUGCAGGCUGAAUGCUCCCUAUGGGAGAGGCCUGCUGUGCUGGACAAACAGCUGAUCCGCCUGCAUCUGAUAAUCCAGAAUGUCGGAUAAGUGGAGAUCAGAUAAAUGGGACUCUACUGUAGUGAAUAUUGAGCUCAUAAGACACACUGCUCAAAUCAGUUAAAAGAAAAUCUCACUGUUCUAAACUGUUUCUUUGUUUAAGCUCCUUUUAAAUUAUGUUUUAGUUUAUGGCUACAACUGACAUAAUGUACCAUGAUCUGCAAAAUGGUAGUCUGCAGCAGUUUUUUGGCACCUAAAAGAGACUGACAGAUUUUCCUGGGCAACUGCCCACUUUUAUCAGGUGCCAAGAGUUAUGGCCUUGAAUUACAGGUAUAUACACAAAUGCAGUGGCAACAGUAUUGAUAUAAGAAAAAUUUCAAAGUCCAUAUUGUAAUUUGGCUAAUCUAUGAUGUCGAGAACUGCACUAUGUAUUUAAGUAGGUGGGGUUCUUGAUUGGGAGAGUGGGGCCGUUAGGGGUGUUAAGUGCAUAAACCACUAAAGCGAUAACGUUCUUGGCAUGAGCUAUUCUCAAAACUUUGAUCGAUAACACAUCUGGGAACAAAACUUCAAUUUGGUGUGGGGAAUAGCACCUUGUUUGAUGCUAAUUUUGAACUCUUUCAAAUUGGGAAUCUUAAGAACUGAAACAGUGUCCUUCCUGUUCAAUCUAUACAUUCACAGGCGUGGGUCUACACUUGCGCAAAUUAUCCUUGGAAAAUGUGUUGUCGAAGGUUUGGAAUCUUCUAGAAAGCUGAGAGUAGGCAUUUGGACCACUCUCCUACUUUUGCCAGAUGGUCUGCUUAACAUCCCUUCAGCUCUACUUCUGCCACUGCAGCUGCAUCUAGCUUUUCCCUCCAAGGUGUGUUUGCAUUUUAACCUGCAAGCGAAUAAAAAUAGAGCAGCAUGUUACUAUCUACUAUGGGAAAACACAUUAAAGGCAUUAAGAAAAAAAAUUUCAGGUAGCAAUUUGCAAGUCUGCAAAAGUGACUAUAUUAUCUGAUGGAAUCAACUUCAGCAACAACGGCAAAGGAAGGACAAAUUCUAGGAUACCCCAUUACAUUAGUACCUGGCAGCAGAAAACACUAAUGAUGUUUCAAUAUCAAGGGACUCAAUAGAGAUCCUAAAAGCCACAUGAGGAACAAAAGGAGAAGGAUUUGGAUGUAUUUGGUCCAGAGCUCUCCCCAUAGAAAUGGUAAACUCAUGUUAAUAAUGGUGGUUUCAACAUCCAAGGGAGAAAUUGCAGAUAGUAUAGAGCAGUGGUUCUCAACCCAGGGUCCCAGGUGGUUUUGGCCUACAACUCCCCGAAAUUCCAGCCAGUUUACUAGCUAUUAGGAUUUCUGGGAGUUGAAGGCCAAAAACAUCUGGGGACUCCAGGUUGAGAACCACUGGUAUAGAGAAUGAUACUCAAAUACUCAGACCACAGUAAGAACAUGACUUUUGAUGUCAUGCACACUGUAUGCUCGCCAUCUGUAGAGCAAAAGAAAGGGAGCUUGAAACAGCAAGAUCACCAAACCAAGAUCUAAUGCUCAAUACUAAGGACGAAGUGAGGAAUGGAGUUGCUACAGAGGGUACUGCUACUCGCACUCAUCCUUCCAAGCUUAAUACCAAGAAAGUGAUUGUAAGGAAUACAAACCCUGCUCUUAGACGCACAUAUACCAGAUAUUCAAGAUUCCCCUCUUGUGAUUCUGGAAAACAAUUAUGAUCACCAUUACAGAUAUAGCGACCAUACUAUGACAUAUGACAUAAGGGGGAUGUGUGAGAAAAAAAGAUCUCCAGGACAUUACAAAGAACAAUCAAAAGGCUGUGAGAUCCUUAGAUAAAAAAUAUGUGAUAGAAACAAAAAUAUGUGAUAUGAACAAUGUCAAGACCUCCUCAAUUACCGAAAAUAGAAACAGCCAUGCUGUCAGUAUCAACAACACUAAUUACAACACAUGCACCUCCAAUCCCAAAUCGAAAAGACACUUAAGACAGACUACCACAUAUCUAGACAGAUACAUGGCCCGGGCCUGCUAUAAUGUAAAAUAUCUAUUUAAACAAACAUGAGCUUGAACAGGAGACAUCUGACAUAGAAUCAGAUGUAGAAUCAAUUCCAUUACCGUCAGUCAGUCUACCACAGUCUUUGGUCUAGGCCAUGACUUCACUGACAUGGGCAGAUUUUCAUCUUACAGAAGCAGUCAUGGUUGUGAUGAUGUUGUCUUAUUUCCUCACUUUCUACCCUACUGAGCCUGCUGAUCCUUCCUUUAUCCAGUUGGCUUAUAGAACUUGAUGAAUUGCUUCUUUUCAAGGGAUAUUUUGCCACGCUACUUUAAACAGGUUGUGUUGAAUCCUAUUAAAGCAAAGAAACCGUCUUUGGAUCCUCCACUUUCUUAUGGCUCUUCUCCCAUUUGUGUUUCUUCUCCCAUUUCUUUCUACAAUUUUUGAGAGAGCUGCCCUUUCCCAAUUGAUGCCUUAUCUGAUUUGUCUUCUUGAACCAUUUUAAUCAGGGUUUUGUACAAGUCACUCCGUUGAAAUUGCCUUGACUCAUGUAGUAAAUUAUAUUCUGUGUUGAUCCUGUUGGAUCUUUCUGCGGUCUUUCACACUUAGGGUCAACAAAUCCUACUAUUAUAGUUGGCAUCACUGGGGGAAAUGGCAAAUGGUGUGUCCUGGUUUUAAUCUCUUUCUGUUUGAUCAUUUCUCCUCUGUUUAUUGUCUGUUCCACUGAUGUGCAUAGCUUUGUCAAGGCUGUGAGCCUUUCAAUACCUGGCUCUGCAUCUGUGGAACAGUCUUCCUUUGGAUCUUUGGCAGGAGGAGAAUUUUAUCUAUUUUCAUAAGAGUCUAAAAACCUUCCUCUUUGAUUUGCCAGAUUAAGCUGCUGAGUUGUGCUUGAACUUGCAGAGGUGGAUAGUGACUGGUGGGAUGCUGGGGAUUUAAUUCCAUGUAUAUUUAUAAUGUUAUACUUUAUCAUCCUUGUCUCUGACUGUAUAUAUUGCAUUUUGCUCUUUGGUGAAAAGGGCGUUAUAAAUAAACAUUAUUAUUAAAACCAAA